AUGACUACUACAGACCACCCUCCAACGAUGCCAGAGAACAUCGACCCCGUCGCUCCUCAAGAAUACCCGCUCACUCCAGACCAACUGGCUGAACUUCAUAACCCUAAAUCCCUAACACAAUUCAAAAACCUCUUCCAAGACGACCCACAAAACCUUUUCAAAUAUCUAAAUAGUUCACUGCAGGACGGUAUCAAACUCACAGAAACUGAAACGAAAAACUACAGACACACCCAAAGAUUUAAACUAUAUUCAGAUAAUAGGAUCCCUGAAAGGGUCCCCAAGACAUUCCUCCAAUUAAUAUGGGAAGCAUUCAAUGACAAGACCAUGCUUCUAUUAACCGCUGCCGCAGUGGUAUCCUUCGUCCUGGGAUUAUACGAGGCACUAUAUACACCGCCCGAGUAUGAUCCCGAGGGGAACCCCAUUAAGAAAGUGGAUUGGAUUGAAGGAAUUGCUAUCAUGAUCGCUGUGAUUGUGGUGGUGUUUGUGGGCGCUGUUAACGAUUAUCAAAAGGAAUUACAAUUCGCAAGAUUGAAUAAGAAGAAGGAAAAUAGAAAGAUUAUCGUCAUUAGAAAUUCUCAAGAAUUAUUGACAUCCAUUCAUAAUUUGUUAGUGGGAGAUAUUAUUACUUUACAAACAGGGGACGUUAUCCCAGCUGAUGGGGUCCUUGUGGAAGGUCAAUGUGAAGUGGAUGAAUCUUCCAUUACAGGGGAAUCUGAUACGAUUAAGAAAGUGAAAGUAUUUAACGCUUUGAAAACUUUUGAUGUUAUAAAUGAAGGGAAAUCUAAUGAUCAGAUUUUAGAUAUUGGAUUUAAAACACCAAAUGGUGAUAAAAUUCCGGAUUGUAUGUUAAUUUCAGGUUCUAAACUGUUAUCAGGGUUAGGUAAAGCUAUUAUCACCUCAGUGGGUACGAAUUCUAUCCAUGGGAGAACUAUGAUGGCAUUAAAAGUGGAACCAGAAAGUACUCCCUUACAGCAAAGAUUAAGUCAAUUAGCUGAUAGUAUAUCCGUUUACGGUUGUGUCGCUGCCAUUCUUUUAUUCUUAGUCCUAUUCAUAAGAUUCCUCUUCUACAUCUUGGCGCCAAAUGGAAGAUUCCAUGAUUUAGAUCCAGCUCAAAAGGGUACCAAAUUUUUAAACAUCUUUAUCACAGCAGUGACCAUUAUUGUUGUUGCUGUACCUGAAGGGUUGCCAUUGGCUGUUACAUUAGCAUUAGCAUUUGCCACAACAAGAAUGACCAAAGAUGGUAAUUUAGUGAGAAAUUUAAGAGCUUGUGAAACAAUGGGCUCUGCAACAGCAGUUUGUUCUGAUAAGACAGGUACUUUAACUGAAAAUGUCAUGUCCGUGGUGAGAGGAUUCGUGGGUGAUUCAUAUUUCAAUGAUUCAGAUAAUGCCUUAUUGACAUCUGUUGCAACAGAUAGUCACAUAAAGAAAUCGAUAGAGAUAUUUAAAAAAAAUGGUGAAUGCUCCGAAAAUUUAGAAAAGGAUUUCUUAACUAACAUUGUCUUAAAUUCUACAGCAUUUGAAAAUAAAGAUUUCGUAGACUCAGCUAACAAUCUUCCCUUCUCCACUGACGAACGUGAUCCAUCUCAAGUUAAACGCGCCUUUGAGUUUGUACGUACACACACGCGUAUUAGUAUUUCCAGAGAUGACAAUUCCGAUAGUGGUGAUGAUUUAAUACAGAACGCCAUUAAGGGAAGACAAGAACCAUACAUUGGAUCCAAGACUGAAACUGCUCUACUAACAUUGGCCAAGAAAUCCAUGAAUUUAAGAUUUGGUUCAUUGAGAGCAUUACGUGAAAAUCCUGUUGAUCGUUUUGAAGUUUCUGAAAUCGCACAAAUAAUUCCAUUUGAAAGUACUAGAAAAUGGGGUGGUAUUAUCGUCAAAUAUAAGGAAUCGAAUCUAUACAGAUUCUUCAUUAAAGGUGCCGCUGAAAUUGUGUCUAAUAACUGUCAUUCUAAGAGAAACUCUGACGAUUCCAUUGUAACACUAAAUAAAGAUCAAAUCAAUAAAGAAAUUGAAAAUCUAGCAAAUGAUGCUUUAAGAGCAUUAUCACUCGCUCAUAGAGAUUUUCCAAAUUGUACCUCAUGGCCACCAAAUGAAAUAGUAGAUGAGAAGAAUCCAGACAGAGCUGACCCAGAAAAAUUGUUGGCUUUAACUUGUGAAGAUGAUGAUUCAGGAUUGAUUUUGGAUGGUAUUGUUGGUAUAAUGGAUCCAUUACGUGAAGGUGUCAGGAACUCUGUAGAACAAUGUCAAAGAGCUGGUGUAACAGUAAGAAUGGUCACUGGUGAUAACAUUUUGACUGCCAGGGCUAUUGCUAGAAAUUGUAAUAUAUUAUCGGAGGAAACUUACUUGAUUCCUGAAUGUGCCAUAGAAGGUCCUAAAUUCCGUACAUUGACAAAACAGGAAAGAAUCAAAAUGUUACCAAAUUUGAGAGUCAUGGCAAGAUCAUCUCCUGAAGAUAAAAGACUAUUGGUGGAAACGUUAAAAGGUAUGGGGGACGUUGUGGCAGUGACCGGUGAUGGUACUAAUGAUGCACCUGCCUUAAAAUUAGCAGAUGUUGGGUUUUCUAUGGGUAUUUCAGGAACUGAAGUUGCCAGAGAAGCUUCUGAUAUCAUAUUAAUGACUGAUGAUUUUGCUGCCAUCGUGGAUGCCAUUAAAUGGGGUAGAUGUGUUUCUAUUUCUAUUAAGAAAUUUAUUCAAUUUCAGCUAAUUGUUAAUAUAACUGCUGUUAUUUUGGCCUUCGUGUCUUCUAUUGCCUCUGAAGAUGAAACAUCCGUGUUGACUGCAGUUCAACUAUUGUGGAUUAAUUUAAUUAUGGAUACUUUAGCAGCAUUGGCUUUGGCAACUGACAAACCAGAUCCAAAUAUUAUGGAUAGGAAACCAAGGGGCCGUUCUACUCCAUUAAUUUUCCCCUCUACUUGGAAAAUGAUAUUAAGUCAAUCGUGCCUACAAUUAAUAGUUACAUUUAUUUUGCAUUUCAAUGGCAAGGAGAUUUUCUUCAGAGGUAGAGACGAAAUAACUGGUCAUGAACAACAACAAUUAAAUGCAAUGACGUUCAACACAUUUGUUUGGUUACAAUUUUUCACUUUAUUGGUGUCAAGGAAAUUAGAUGAAGCAGAUGGUAUCAAGAAUUGGAGAGACAGAAUCAGUGAAGCCAAUUUGAACUUCUUCCAGGAUCUUUUCAGAAAUUAUUACUUCCUAUUCAUAAUGGCAAUUAUUGGGAUCUCUCAAGUCUUAAUUAUGUUCUUUGGUGGUGCUCCAUUCUCCAUUGCUAAUCAGACAAAGACUAUGUGGGCCACAGCAAUUCUUUGUGGUACGCUUUCUUUACCUGUUGGUGCUUUGGUAAGAAUUUGCCCUGAUGAAUGGGCUGCAAGGAUAUUCCCUGAAAAAUUAUUCCAAAAGUUCAAAUAUAUAUUUGGACUUGAAUUUAUCAAGGAACGUCAUAUGGAUAAGGAUGAUGAGGAAGCAUUACUUAAUAGAGAUGGAUCUCCAAAUUCUUCAGAUUCUACUGUCUUCUUUUAA